GUGGAUUCUUCAUAAAGCAACAACGUCUGAAACAACGGUGCGAUGGAGCCGUCUUUAAAAACCUUGGCAGAGGGCUGCUUCGGGAAAGUUUAUAAGCAAAAGUUUGAAGAUAAGUGGGCUGCGAUGAAGAAAGUGCCUGUGCAUGUCAUCAGUUUGAAAGAACUUGAGAGAGAGUGCCAAGUUUAUAAAAAGGCACAACACAACAACGUGGUGAAGCUUCUCGGGAAGCCAUGGCUGGAAGAUGGAAAGUGGCACAUUCCUCUGGAGUUCGUCUUCGGAGAGGAUCUCGAGACGGCCAUAUUUAAAGUGCAGAAAUCUAAAAUACAGCUGACUCCAUCAGUGAAGGCCACCAUCAUCACUGGUAUGUGUGAAGGCUUGACCUUUCUGCACAGCAAAGACAUCGUCCACCAGGAUCUCAAACCAGACAACAUCAUGAUUGAGCAUGAAUCUCAUCGUGCUGUGAUCAUUGACAUGGGUCUGGCAAAAUUUUUUAAGAAUGGUUUAAGCUCUGCUGCCAACAUGGGCAACGAGGCCUACUCUGCUCCUGAGGUCUUUCAAGGAAGAGCUCGAAAUUUGCGUUCAGACGUGUGGGCCAUGGGCAAAAUCAUCGCCGAACUAUGUCAUAGGGUCAGGCUCCCGACCUACGCUCUAAAUCCUGACAAGAUUAAAGAGACUAUGAAAGAUAAUCCAUACACCAGUGUCGUGUCCCGGAUGGUGCUGACCAACCCAGCAGAGAGAGCCAUUAUGUCUAAGGUGAUUGGUGAGAUCCGGCAAAUUGAGGCAAAACAGGAGGCAAAACAGGAGGCACCUCAAGGAGCAGCAACAGGAAGACCAAAUCCAGGGUUGGGUGUACAAUUGGCUGCCCAAGGAAAAGAAGGCGUUGCUGUCGGGGCGAGGAGGAUUUGGGAACCUCCGGGCCCUUUAUUACCAGAAGCAAGACACCAGGAAACAACAGCUUUAGACAUCCACAAUCGCCUAUUUCAACGACAUGAAGAUCUUUUUGCUGGAAAUGCGUUGGCCAAUAGGUUUGCACCAAUGCACCUUGGUGCUCCAUCACCAGAUAGAAUGGUAGUUAAUCGUCACGAGGCAGAGUUUAAACACGUAGUCAUGAGAAAUGGCAAGGUUGUUCACUAUGAGCAUACGAAAAUGAAAAAGUAAAACGUAAAAGAGUUGAUUCAACAUCUUUUCCAAUAUGAUGAGGAUGGUUUAGAAUAGAAAAGUCCAGAUGGUGGAUGUAAACUAAGAUAACCAAUGAAAAUGAACUCAGAUUGUUUGAUCAUGGUUGCUCCGUACUAUAUGCUGUUACUAAAUAAAUAACACAUUUUCGCUUUCGUUUUUUUUUUUUUCCCAGUUUCAAAAUUAUUCCUGUACAUAAGAGAUGCUUAUGUGGUAAAUGUCUUUUUUUAUGUAUGUUAAUGUUUAUUAUAAAUAAUAUAUUCUGUACUUUAGCAAACAGGCCUAGUGUUUGUUAGGUUUUUAUCCGAAUGGUCACAAUAAUAAUGGUUAAGUAGAACUUUGUUUAAAUAAAGUGAUAAACAAAUCUGGCAGAUGUUUAGCUCUAUUGUCAUUACUAAUAGUCAUUAUACUGUAGUCGAUCCUGCACAAUAAUUGAACAGUAGUCUAUUUAAUUUAUGAUGUAAUGUAUUAAUCCUGUGCACAACGCUGUUCUGAAUAUUUGGAAGUAUAUAAUUUUCUUUAACAGCAGCUUUAAUAGUAGUUCAACUGCAAAUAUUAAUGAGCUUUGAUUUUUUUGUUAACAUAAAAAAUUGCAUAUUAUUGAAGAGGUUGGUAAAGGAAUGACUGUUAUAGCUUCCUAAAUGUAAGUGAGAACAGAAACUAACUUGCUUUAUAGAUCAUUUACAAUCUGUAACUAUUAAUGAAUAAAAAAGCAUGAUGUGUUAAUCAAUAAAAA